AUGAAGGGAACAACUACUCUACUCAUCUUAGCCACCUUUUCUCACCUUUCCCUUGUAAGCUAUUCCCGAGAGGGCGACCUGAUAACGAGCAUUUGCUCCGAAGGACCGCCCCUAAACAAGACCUCGUGCGAAUGCACCAUAAGCUUGGCCAACUGCGGAAACCAUAACGACACCUCGAAAGCCGCCUUUACAUGCAUGGGCCGUUUCGCGAAUAAAGCGGCCAUAAACGCCACCACACACUUAUGGGUUGUCGCCAAGAAUCUCACCAAUGCCAAGCUGGCCAAGUUUUGUGUGGGCCACGUCAAUGAUGCCAUUGACCAGCUUAAGGGUUGCGCCAAGCUUUGGAAAACGAACAAGUCGUCUGACAUUGAUAUCAUCAACUCCAAGGGCUCGACUGCUGAGACGUAUAUCGACAACUGUAUAGAUGAUUACAGUGACUUGGGCCAAAGCAUACCAGAGGUUUUGCAGAAUUCCACGGGCAAAGCAAAGGAUCUCAUCAACAUCAUGCUCGCCAUCACCAACAAGAUCUAA